AAAAUCUGAUCAUAAGGAAUCUUUAUUUCGGUGAACUUCAGGUGCAAUGAUCAACAUUUUGAAUGAAACUUGAAUUUGAAAAGAGAGUGUUAACAUCUCUUCUCACUGUGCCAGUUACACUCCAUCAAGAAGCAGCAAUCUGGAAAGAGACAGAAAAGAGAACCAGGAGGAUAUUUACUGAUCUGCUUAUUUUGUUGGAUGCUGCCUUCUGCCCUCCCCAUUGUGCGGAGAGGAAGAAGACAGUCUCUUGAACAAGUGGAAGAGGGAGUGUGCACACGCAGGCAGGGAGAGCAUAGCAACCAGACUCUACCAUGAAGAAUAGCCAGGAGCAUCAUGCUCAAAAGCUGGUCAUUCCAGACUUGUUAAUGACUCCUAGUGAUCAAGGAGAUGGUGACCUAGAGACUGAAUAUCCUGAAGAUAGAGGAAAUUGGACAGGCAAGCUGGAUUUCCUUUUGUCUUGUAUUGGCUACUGCGUUGGAUUGGGGAAUGUUUGGAGAUUUCCAUAUCGUGCCUAUACAAAUGGGGGAGGGGCAUUCCUCGUUCCUUAUUUCAUUAUGUUGGCUAUAUGUGGGAUCCCCAUCUUCUUCAUGGAGCUAUCUCUAGGCCAGUUCUCAAGCCUGGGGCCUCUUGCUGUUUGGAAGAUAAGCCCGCUCUUUAAAGGUAUUGGUAUGGCCACAAUCCUGAUUGUCUCCUUGGUGGCCAUUUACUAUAACAUGAUCAUUGCCUAUGUUCUCUUCUACCUCUUUGCCUCGUUGACAAACAACUUGCCUUGGCAGCACUGCGGCAACUGGUGGAACACAGACCUGUGCCUGGACCACCAUGUCAUGCACACAGGGAACAGUGCUGUCCCUUUCAACACUUCUAACACUGUCAGUCCGAGUGAGGAAUAUUGGAGCCGUUAUGUCCUCCACAUCCAAGAGAGUUCAGGAAUUGGCGAUCCUGGGAGGAUUCGUUGGAAUCUCUGCCUCUGCCUCCUCCUAGCGUGGGUCAUUGUGUAUCUUUGCAUCUUAAAGGGAGUCAAAUCUUCUGGCAAGGUUGUUUAUUUCACAGCCACAUUUCCUUACCUCAUUCUGAUCAUGCUCCUGAUUCGUGGGGUGACACUUGAAGGGGCCUGGUUAGGAAUCAAGUUCUAUCUCACACCCCAGUUUGACCUCCUACUGUCUCCCAAGGUGUGGAUUGAAGCAGCUUUGCAGAUCUUCUACUCUCUUGGGGUAGGUUUUGGGGGACUUCUCACCUUUGCAUCAUAUAAUACCUUCCACCAGAAUAUUUAUAGGGAUACAUUUAUAGUCACUGUGGGCAAUGCUGUUACCAGCAUUUUGGCUGGCUUUGCCAUCUUUUCUGUUUUGGGCUACAUGUCCCAAGAACUUGAUGUUCCUGUUCAGGAAGUUGCCAAAGCAGGUCCAGGGCUGGCAUUUGUAGUGUAUCCACAAGCCAUGACAAUGCUUCCUCUUUCUCCUUUCUGGUCUUUCCUCUUUUUCUUCAUGCUGUUGACUCUUGGUCUAGACAGUCAGGUAAGGGCAAACCCUGUUGAGAGGAAUGGCUUCAGUGAUGAGUUCACACGCUUUUGUAUUCAGUUUGCCUUUCUAGAGACCAUUGUCACUGCAGUGACAGAUGAGUUCCCAUACUAUCUGCGGCCAAAGAAGGCUUUUUUCUCGGGCAUCAUUUGUGUUGCGAUGUUUCUAAUGGGGCUCAUUCUCACAACAGAGGGUGGAAUGUACUGGUUGGUGCUGCUGGAUGACUAUAGUGCUGGGUUUGGGCUCAUGGUGGUGGUCAUUACAACCUGUCUGGUAGUGACACGUGUUUAUGGCAUGAAAAGAUUUUGCCGUGAUAUUCACAUGAUGCUGGGUUUCAAACCAGGGAUAUACUUUAGGGCCUGCUGGUUGUUCCUGUCUCCAGUAACAAUGAUGGCCCUGCUUGUGUACAGCAUUAUCAAGUACCAGCCUUCAAAGUACAAUGGAACUUACUGCUUUCCAUUUUGGGCUGAGGCUCUGGGCAUCCUAAUGGGGAUCUUCUCAUGCCUGAUGAUCCCCAUGGGGAUGGUGUUUGCCGUGCUCCGAGAAGAAGGGACGCUCUGGCAAAGAAUCCAGCAAGCUAGCAGACCAGCUAUGGAUUGGGGUCCUUCUCUGGAGGAGAAUAGAACUGGCAUGUAUGUGGCCACACUGGCAGGUAGCCAGUCUCCUAAACCUUUGAUGGUCCAUAUGAGAAAAUAUGGAGGAAUAACUAGCUAUGAGAACAUAGCCUUUCAAAUCGAUAAAGAGAUUGAAGAUGAUGAAGAAGAAUCUAUGAUAUGAAGAAACAGUCUACCUAUUCACAUCAUGUGAUGGAAGGUAAAGAGAUUGUGGGGAAUAUUCUGCACAAUGUUGCACUUUGGCACAUCAGUCCACUCAGCAGUCUGCAUCCAGAUGCAGCCAAAGAUUGCCAGUUCAGAAUCUUAUAGCAGUGCAGUUGACUGAAAAUCCCAAUGUUGGUGAGGUUUCUGUUCAAUGUGACAAGAUGUGCAAUGAGCUUGUCUUAGUGGUUUAGUGCCUGAUACAGGCCACCCAUCCAUGUUGUCCCUUGCUGCUGUCACCAGUGAUGGGUUUCUCAAGUUCAGGAUGAGCGUACUGUAUGCUAGCUCCUUCUUGUAUUGAUCCAGUCUAUUUUCCUCUAGCUGUGUGCUGUACUUCUUUAUCCACAAACAUUAUUGUGAAACAUAGAAGUUUCUUUAUCCAAUGGAUCAAUUCUCACAAAUCUUCCAUUGUUCUACCUUCUGUGGCUUAGUAAAUGGUAAAUUUGCAUAGUGCCUAAGGAGUUUGAAAGUAGCCUAUGGAGUGUAUUGCUUCUAGAAAGCUCAGAGACCUUGAAAAUUUGUAUGAAUUACAAGAAAAUCUCCAAUAUCACAGUUAAUUCUAAAAUUCCAGACCAAAUACUCUGAUUCUGAACUCUUAGAAAAACUAAAAGAUAUAGAGGUAUUAUUUGGUGACAGGCCACCAUAAAAUUCAAUGUAUAAUAUAUUUGGUACUAUACUGGAUUGAUGUAGACUUGUAGAAGCUGGAAAUAACUAACUUAAUCUAGGGCUCUCUCUUUUUCCAAGGAUUAAAACACAGUCCAGGAAAAGAAAAUGGAAUGGGGAACCAAUUUCAUGUCAAGAAAAGAAAUAUCUGCACUAGGGAGGUUAAGCUGACUGGAAAAUGUCUUUCACAUUACAAAAUAAUAAUACUAAUGAUAACAACAACCACCACAACCAGCAGCACCAACAUUUCUACCAAUUGUUUGUGAGGUGCCCAAUUACUCUGACAUCUAUUUAUAAAGGGGUUCAUUUAUAUCUUUAGAAUCUCAUAAAUUAUCUCUGAAAGCUGUAAGAAUAGGAGCUCAAGCUCAAGUAUACUAAGCACAUUCAUGUGAUAUGUUAAUGCCAAGAGUUCAUACAUUCAAUAUGAAUGAAAACUACACUAUGUGUGAACAUAGGAAGCUAUUUUAUACUAAGUCUGUCAGGUGGCAUAGAUCCAUAUUACCUGAACUGACUGGCAGCAGUUCUUCAGGAUUUCAGAGAACAUGGGACUUUUAAUAUGCAAAAAAGCAUGUGUUCCAUCCGUAAUUUUUCCCUGUAUGGAACUGCUUUAUAGAACACCCUUAAGUCAUCUAGAUCAUUGUUACCUAUACUAAUUUGAAGUGACUCUACAAUGUUUCUGAUGGGGGAAUUUCCUAGUUCACACCUGAAGAUGACAAAUUUCUUGCCUAUAAAGCAUUAUCCAUAUCAUUUCUUUUCUUUCUGAGGAAUGACAGUAUCAUAAAAUGGAGAUGGUUUUAGUUGGCCAUAUGUAUAAAGCUUUACAUAGGGGUAUAAUAUGGAAAAAUUAUGGUGGGCUGGCUGGCUGGACUGACUAAUAAAGGAAUUAUUGCAUGGUACAAUAUACUCUUUAGGUCAUUAUGGAAACUUGUUGGUUUGACAAUUUUUCAAUGCUGACAUUGGCUUGUGCUGAAAUCAGCCUCUAAUGGGAUGUAAAACUUGCACCAUUACCUGGAAUACUUUCAUGCAUUGUACAUAUAGCAGAAGAAAAGAUCAGAUGUGCUCUUCAGCAUUGUUCAUGAUGACAGCUAGCAUAAAAAACAGAUAAAAGCUAGCAUAAAAGGCCUUAGAUAAGAUGUUCAAGUGCCAUGAUGUGUCUAUACCUACCGUGAUCAGAAUCGUGCAAGCCAAGUGUUCCCUGUGACACUCUAUGGAAGUGAAAGUUGGACUUUAAAGAAGCAGGAUAUGAAGAGUAUUGACGCCUUUGAACUUGGUGUUGGAGAAAACUCCUGAAAAUACCACGGACAGCUAAGAAAACAAACUGAUGGAUCAUCGAACAAAUCAACCCAGAGUUCUCACUUGAGGCACAAAUGACUAGGCUCAAAUUGUCCUAAUUUGGACACAUUAUGUGAAGACCCAGCUCUCUGGAAAAGGCUCUAAUGCUGGAAAAGGUGGAAGGAAAGAGAAGAAGAGGACGACCAGCAGCAAGGUGGAUGGAUUUGGUUACAGUGGUGAUGAGUGCACCAUUGGGAAACUUGAAAGAACAGGUUAGGGACGGAUUGUCAUGGAGAAAAUCUAUCUAUAUGAUUGCUAGGAGUUGAAAACGACUUGAUGGCACAUAAUCAAUCAAUCAAUCAAUCAAUUCCUGGUCUAAUGCAAAGUGUUGAUAAGAGAUGGGUUUCCUCUUCAGCUUGGUAUGUAUAUGUGUGUGCCAUCCAUCAUGCAUUGUAGGAAUCAGUAUCAAGGCAUUCCCACAAUGUUCAAAACAUCACUGAGUGCUACUGAAUGUGUUUAGUAAUAUUCAGGCUUCAUGAAAAAGAGUAAAACUCGCCACACACUACAAAGUAAAGCCA